GAACCCAAAAAGCAGAGAGCUUUCCCAAAUAUAAUAAGGCCGAAGGUCCCAUUUUUAAUGCUGCCAUUUUCUGCUUAUGAUAAAAAGGAAAGUGCUUUUUGAAGUUCACGAAAAGGAGAAAAGGAACCUAGUUGAGUUUUGAGAUGGGGGAUUUGGAGAGACAAGCAGUGGAUGGAAAGCUGGUGGGGGUGGAGGAGGAGGAGGAGGAGGAGGAGAAGGAUAGGCUUAUGGAGGGAAUAGCGGUGUUGGAUUUUGAUAUGUUGUGUUCGACUGUGGCUUUGCAGACGCAAGGGCAAUGGAGGAAACUGGAAACUGAAGAUUUUGGUGCUAAUGAUGCUAUUGGAGGGGAAUUUGGAGGUGUUUUCAGGAUGUGGGAAGGUGAAGUCCUUGACUGUUUCCAUGAACGCAGAAUCGCUAUUGAAUCCCUUUGUUGUCCAUGCUACAGAUUUGGGAAGAACAUGAGACGAGCCGGUUUUGGUUAUUGCUUUCUUCAGGAAACUGUAUAUUGCAUUCUUGCUCUUAGCGCCCUUCUCAACUUCAUUGCCUUCAUCAUCACCAAGCGGCAUUGCUUUCUGUAUUUGGCAGUUGCUUUUACCAUUUCAAUAGGAAUGUAUUUGGGUUUCUUCCGCACUCAGAUGAGAAAGAAAUUUAAUAUCAGGGGUAGUGAUAGUUCCCUGGAUGAUUCCGUCUACCAUAUUUUCUGUUCCUGCUGUGCAUUAUGUCAGGAGUCCAGAACAUUGGAGAUGAACAAUGUCCAGAACGGCACCUGGCACGGUCGAGGUGACACAAUAUGCAUAGGUAGUUAUAGUGAGGGGAAUAAGGCAAUCUUUGAACUACACCCGCCUUCUGUCAUCUCAACCAAAUCCCCUGAUAUUGUUGAUCACUCUUGAACUUGGGAAUUCUGGACUUUUGGAUACCUUGAUCCUCAAUCCCAAUGCAGGCUACAGUUACUUGAUAUUGGCUUUCCACUCAAAUGUUUCUGAAGAGAGGGAUGAACUUCUGGCCAGGUGGAACUUACCUACAAGAUUAGCUAUCAAACUGAAGCAUAGUCUUUGCUGUUCCACUUGAGGCCCCUGCUCUUUGGAUCAGGAAAGAAAAAUGACUGUUUUGAAGUACUUGAGGAAGAUGCUUGCUGUCCAUUUGCAUUUCAGAGAUUGUAUUAAUAUAAGUGUGGCAGUGGUGGAAAAUUAUUCUCAUUGUUGUAAAAUUUUCUGUGGAAUUUGCAGUAGCCCCAUUUAUCUCAAUAAGCAGAGUUUUUACUUGUUAGAUUUUUCUGGGUUUGGUUUAAUCAAAUUGUGUAACAUUCUCUUCCAGGAAAAUUUGCUUGAGUUGUUUA